AUGACAUUUCUCUCUUCCUCUUCGUUGGAGGAGGGAGAACGAGGGGCGAGGAGCCUCUCCCCUUCAGUCCCUGAUGCAGAUACGCCGAUCGAAGCCUCAUGUGACUACCUUUCGCCUGGCCCCCUGGUGCCGUCUCAAUCUGUAUCUGUUUCUCAACCGCUAUCUGAAUCUGUGUCUCAUCCCUUAUCUGUAUCUGUGUCGGCUGCUGCGUGUAUGCGCGAGCUCAGCGCCCUCUCUUCAUCUCUCUCUUCUCUCGUGGACGCUGCCGAGACGCCCCAGCCGGAAGGCGAGACGCUGGGCUUCCUGCCAGGUCCCCGCUGUCCCGCGGGAGAGGCGGGUGUGGUUUCCGUUGCUGUAGACUCUACUCCGCAGUUCACCAGCGGUGUCGGAUGCUCCGAAGGUCCUUCCAACCGGGAGCAAAGUCCAGACUUCUCAUUGCCGUCGAUUGGCGGAGCUGUGUCUCCCUCCUACAGUCCUCUGCUCCCAGAGGGCCAGGGGUCUGUUCCACUGAAAGGACUCGCGGGAAAAGGCUUCACCUGCGGGCGUGGUGGGGAUUUUGAUGGGUUUUCUCCCGAAUACACGACGGAUGCUGCGCCGGCGUAUGGUGCCGGCAGUGCUUCUCCUCACCUGCACUUGAGCAUCGACCCCUCAGCGCGCGCAAGCGCGUCGGGGGGCCGCAGCGAGCGCAUGCACGGCUCCAGCCCCGCCAACCAAGAGGCAGUGUCGCUGCCGAAUGUGAGAGAAGACCUAGGACACACGACCGACGAUGCGGCCGGUGCCAGAGUAGAGGAGCUCCUGAACUUUGCCUCGACGGCGCUGGAUUCGGCUGGGGGUCUCGGCCUCGAGCCCGACAGCGAAGCAAAGACAAAUGCGUCAGUGGAUGCUUGGAACCUUUUAUGUCGCAGCUUCACAGAUGCGGCAGAAGGACUCUGCGCCGCGCGGCCCAGUGUGCAGAACCGAGCUCGGGGACCAACGGAGCAGCCAAGAGACGGGCGGGCACCUAUGCGAGGAGCGCCUGAGCGUCAGUGCACUAUUCAGACGAACUGCCGCUCGACACCAGGUGGAGGAAGCAUUCCCAAGACGGAGUGUACCGCGGAGAGAGAGAGGUCGUCCGGGGGAGCGGUAGGGAUGGAUUCAGAGCCGCAGGUGCGAUGCCAAAACUCAGAGAUCGGCGGGGGUCUCCUGGCGGAAUCCGGUGUCAGAGAAGCGCGGCAAGAAGAGGGCCAGGCGGACACGAUGCAGCCGAGUCAGGAGGCAUGGCAUUCCAUAGAAGAGGAAGCCGCAGCCUUUGUCACAAGCCUUCACGAGACAUUCCUCACUCCACAGCGACUCCUGAACGUCAGCGAGGGAAGCGCCAGUCCCCUUUCGCUGCCGAUGUCGGUCGACGAGGCGUACGAAGAACAAGGCAACACAGACGGAGACGGGUCGCCGUUCGACGCGAACGAGCAGUCUCCGUCGGGCCAGACCUUGCGAGAGCAAGGACGGUCAGAGGGGCAGGGGCGGAUGCCGGAGAACGGCGAAGACUGCGCGGCAUGGGCGCCGUGUAACCAGUCUCUGUUCACCGUGGAAGUAAAGUCUGCACAGUCGGGUAAAGCUGCGGGAGUUGCGGAUCUAGGCGGCGAUGAAGAAGAAGCGGAGGAUGACCUCACGCCCAAGAUCGAUUGGGAAGUGACCUGUGAGGACAGCCGCGAAGAGAACAGCGCGUCUUCGGAGGCAGGCCUGUCCGUGUCGCAAGAGGAGGACUUGAGUCGGAGCACGAGUCAAGCAGACUACUCCAGUCAGGGCAAGAAGGUGAGGACCAUUCGCGUCGGCAAUCACCCGCCGAGGCCGGGGCUCACCCAGGGCCUUUCUAUUAUCCACACAAACAGUGCAGGCUGGUCCAGUCCGGGGUACACCCACAGUGUGUUCGGCAGAUGCAGCACCUACAGCAGUUUGCACAGCGCGGAGGGCAUUUGCUUUCCGGGCGUGGGGUCCCCUCUCGGAGCCUGCUCCAUGGGGUCUGGGCGCUGCGCUCUGGACUCGUUCAAGUCUGGAGUGAUAUCGAGGGAAGUGGGGGAAAUUCUGGGCGAAGAAGGCGGCGGCCGCUCCCUCAACGCGUUCAGCCGGAGCGCCAGCAGGUGCAGCAACCACCCGAGCAUGGUGGACCCAGGUUCGUUCGCGGAACUUCGUCUCUCGACGCUCGAGCAGUUUUACAGCGACCGAUGUAAACACACGCUUCUGUGCGCCGACCACUCAGGGAUACGUUUCCAAGAACGACGAGCCUCCGGUCUUCUUCAGAUUCAAAGGCAACUGAAGGACGUCCGGCAAAGAUUGAAGGGUUUACGUUUGCUGGGAACUAACUUCUCCGCUGUCUGUGACAAAUCCCAAAACCUUGUUUGCUGCUACGUCGCUGAAAGGGUGGUGCCAGCGAGCGGUGAGCCGUCAAGAGACACCAAGCCUGCGGCGAGUCUCACGGGCGCAGCUUCCGACGACGCUUCCGGGGCCCAGGAGACGGUGGCAAGUGAACGAGCUGUGUCGCGCUUUUUUGAGCAUCUUCUACUGUUGACCAUUGAGGAAAAGCCGAACCGGCGCGCUUCGGAGGGGGAACUUUCUGGCGACGAGGCGGAUCGCGCCGCCCACCGUGACAGCCGAGUUGCGGGGAUCCAGAGGAAGUUUCGAGUUGUGUCGGAAAUCUUCGUUCUCCGAUCGAAUCCGAGUCAAGACGGAGCCUCAGGGGCGGCGGCAGUUGCUGCGGGCCUCUCAAAGAACGAGGCCAUGUUGUUGCUCUCAGAUACAGCGAAGCGGCGCCAACUGCUUAACGCGCUGUUAUCUCUAAUGUCUGGAGGAGCGCGGGACGGAAACAGAGAGAGUCGCGAAGGCCCGCUGGGAGCGGGUGCAGGAAGCCGUGGUCGAAGCGCCUGCUUCGACCCUGUCGAGGACAUUCCUCCAGCCCCGUCUGGAUCAAACGCAACUCUGAAGCGCACCGGCAGCGCUUCGCGGAGUGGAAGUCCCAGUGUCCAGUCUUCUGGGUCUGAUCGCCGGCGGAGCGUGUGUGAGCCGGUAUCCUUGUCCGUCUUGCCGUCUUUUCGGGCGCUGUCCUGCGACGACCAGAACAGUGUCCCGCCCGUGUUUGGUGUCGAGGGUGCCACUAAGGCCUGCCCAGCCGCGUCUUAUGCUCUCACGACGAGCCGCGACGCCGACUCCUCGUCGGUGAGCGUCCGCGCCUUCAGUCCCCCGCCUGAGACCGCUGGCAUGUGGCUAUCGUCUGCAGUCCAUAUGUCGGUUCCGGAUCUCGCUAGGCAAUCGUCUGCAGAGGACAACGCCCAGUUUCAGGUAGGGCGCGAAGGUGGUGCGCUGGGAGUGGGGGGACGCAGGAGCAGAGCACCGGAACCAGACAGUCUUCCGCGACACAUUGACGAUUUGGCUGUAGGAGAACCAGCUGCAUCGCCAGGGCCAUUCCCACUCGUGUCUUCGGAGGCGCGUCUAGGUGAGUCGCCGAGCCCCGUGGGGUGCCUGCGAAGCCCGCUCGAGUCUCCGGGGCUUCAUGGGUCGGAUACCGUUCAGGCAGAGACAGGCCCGUGGCCAUUGGCGGGGGCAACCGAACUGGCCCGCGAAACUGCUGCGGCUGUUACUGCGGCCUCCCGGCUGCUGGACCAGUACGCCUGUGGGGAACUGCGAACCGAGAAGCGCGAGAGUGUGUGCGAUUUAGUCGCUGGAGGGCACCUGGAGAGUCCAUUUCAUCCCGGCAUCGAAGAGGCCACCAAGCUUUUGAUGGAGUGCGGCCUGCGCCCUCGAGAAGCCGUGGGCGACUCCGCAGCGCGGGCCUUCGCCCCUUCGGAGGACAGCUUGUCUCCUCCACCAGUGGGAGGACGUGAGGUAAUUCUUCCGGGUUCUGCGGAGUUAAUGAAUGCUCUCGUUCAACAGCUUCAGCACCAGCUGCAGCAGCAGAUCGAGCAGCAACUUCAGCUUCAUCGCGGGACAGCGACCGAACGUCUGAGGGCUUCAGGUGCCUUGGCCUCCGGUGUGCCGCACGGCGCCUCCGUCUCGCCUUCUCUUUCGACCCGGACCAAACAGCUGGGGCGCGGUAAUGAGCACCUGGAGGCUUCAGAGGCCUGUCCGGCGUCCGCAAUCGAAGCUGCAGCGGCAGCACUUCUCGGAAGUCGGGGUUGCUCCGUGGGGGCGGCAAGGGCGCUGAGGGCGCCUGGUGCCGCGCCUCCUGCUCUGUCGCGCCCCGCCCCUGGUCCAAGUCUUAGUGGCUCCACUCCUUCGCACAUGGACAUUCUUGGGCUUGACGGAUCCGACGAUCUUCACGACUUCAAAGAGCACUGCUCCGUUUUCAUCAGCUGGAUUCCGCGAGUCGCACGUGCAGAAGAUUAUCGACAAAAGGACCAGAUGGAGAAGCGACUGAAGCUCCUGUUUGAAGUGAGCUUGAAAGUUCGCGGCAUUGUACGCAUCGCGCUGUUCCCUCCGCGUGGGUCCCAUUGUUGCGUAUUGUUUGACACUCCGCAAGCAGCCCAGGCAUUUAUAAGACAGUAUGGAGGCUCAACCUACACGUCGAGCACGGAGCGUUUCAAGGCAGAGAUCUGUGCGGCGCAUGCAGUCACAUUUGACCGAGGCAUUGAGCGCGUGUUUGUGCGCAUCGAGGAAUUCAAACCGCAGUUGCUGCAGCAAGCGUGCGGAAACCAGCCGAUGCACGGGUCGGGAGCCAGUGGCUCAGGCUGUUCCGCAGGCGGCGCUCGACACCUCCCUCCUGCGUCGAUCACUGAAGGUCUAGGGCGCCAGGGCGCCGGCCUGAGGCACCCGCAAGGGCCUCUAGGGAGUGCUCUUGCAAGCAUCAGCGCUCUGCGUACAGUGAUUGAGAACGCGCGCCAGGGAAGUUUCGUGCAGCACCCGCACCAGCAGCUACUGUUGCUCAAGCAGCUUCGGCAGGAGCACAGUGGGGAGCCGCAAGUGGAGGAAGGGGCAGGGUCCACCGCGCCGAUGUCGGGUUUCCUGCCUCACGUGGCUCCGUCUGCGUUGCCGGAACCUGGCAGCUUCCAGGAGCUACAGGCUCAACGCCAACGUGUGCUGCUUCGGUCUCAGUCUGCUGUCCAAGGUGCUCUUGAAAUUGCAAACUUUUUGUCCAACCGAGACGGCUCCGCAAAAGCACUGCAGCAGCGUCGGCACCCCAGAUUUGGACGAGCGGCCACGAUGGAUACGCCGUCAGUGUCAUGGCCGGGAGGCUCUCUGCAGACAGCGGAUCUCCGGGACCAAAACACGCCAGCGGUUCAUCCUCGAGGCUGCGUCGACGUGGGUGGCGACAGACCUUUUGCCCCGUCGCGCUCGAAGCCUGCCGAAGACGAACUGGGCCCUCAGCAGCAGCUGGCGGAGGCAAGCGCGCGACUGUUCUCAGAGUUGAAGCCCGAAGAGCAAGCAGAGCUUGGGCAGCUGUGGCAGACAUUGAUGCGCCAGCAACAGUCGCUGAUUGGGGCUGGCCAAGGAGCCCCGGGCCUCGCCAAGCAGAGUCCGUCUCAACAACUCCUCACUGCUGGGUUGCAGCAGAUUCGCCGAGAUCAGCACCCGCCGCAGCGCCGGCAGAGAGAUCCUCACUACCGUGGUGCGGAGCGCAAUUCCGGCGUGCUCGGGAAGCACGCGCUCUCGUCGAGAGAAGAUGGCGCUGGACAAAACACUGGCAAACUCGCGACACCUGCCCCUAGAAGUCACCGACCCGGCGAGUCGCGAACUGGCGCCUCGAGGCUGCCACAGUCGCACCGGUCGCAGUUCGGGUCAGGCCGCGGUGGACAAGAACAGGAAGGGAAGUGGCCCGCUCCUCAGCGAUGCUUAGCUCCUGUGCCUCAACACGGAGUGAGGGUGGAGAGCCCGCGCCACCGCCAUGGGAACGUUGGGGGUAGCGGCGCCGGUGGCAGCUACAGCCGAGUUAAUGUCGUCGGCGCCCGACAGCGGCACCGGGGGGGUCCCAGUGGCCGUGGUCACCAUGCGUGA